AUGCAGUUCAUUCAAGAGAAUUCCAGCUUACGUGUACCCCGAGUCUUCGUCUACGAGACAGACAUGAAUAAUGCUGCAGGGGCUGCCUUCAUGCUCAUCGAAAUGCUCCCCGGUAUUGUUGCUAUGGAUGCUCUCGGCGGUCACAAAGUACACGGUGGUGUUAUACCCGUAGAGUACCGAGAAACUUUCUAUCAAUCUGUCGCUAAGUGUCAUGUCCAGAUGACAUCGUUGCGACUCCCAAAAAUUGGAGCUAUUAUUCGAAGUGAGGACGGCAGAUACAAGUCGGGUCCAAUUCCGGGGAUCGGCGGUCCAUUUGAUACAGCGGCGGCCUUUUUUGAGGCAUGGGCCGACAAGGUCAAGUUCAAGCUCGACAAGGAAACAAUCACCCAAAUGAUGCAGAGAGGCCCGAUUUCGGCAGAAGAGAUGAUCAAGAUUACCGACGAAUUCCCUUCACAGAUCAAAAGCAUAGCUAAACUACUCCCCUUCCGCAACGAGGGGCCAUUUCCUCUAUGCCACGAUGAUUUCCUCCACAGCAACAUCAUGGUCGACGAAGCCAGCUUUAACGUCACAGGAAUCAUUGAUUGGGAGGGUGCAUGUACAGUUCCCUGGGGACUCGUUGCGUACCCCGAGUUUAUUCAAGUCAUGCCUCGGUCGUUUGACUUACCCCAACAUUACGACCAAGAUGGGCACCCCCUAAAGGAAAGCGUGAAAGAAAAAUGGCGCGAGCGGUGCGACUAUGUUGAGAUGGUGAAGACAGCAGAAGGUGAAGAUAACCUGCUCUCAACAUCUCUCAGUAACAACUUAAACCAGGCCUUGGCCUACUCGUACGGAGCGUUUACUGUUGGAAAAUUGGGUUUCUUUGACAGGGUCGCAACGGAGUUGAAGAAAGGCACUUGCGUGUAG